CCACGGUCUGGAAAGCCCCUCGCAAUUCGUCACCCUACAUCUAAACCCCAACAACAUCAGGUUGCCGAUUCAACUUAUGAUUGCUUAUUUGACGCCUCUCGACUGUUUCAUCUACCCGUAUCUACAGGCAUUAAUCAUAUAAAGCAUCGUUCCUUCAGAGCGCCCGCCUCACCGAUCUCAAACUCCACGAGUUAUACCCGACCCAUCCACCGCCCACCUUGUGCGAACAUUAGGUCAUCGUCCCAGGCCGAAACCAAAUCACCACAGUGAAUACCGUUUUAUCCUUCUAACCCAUCUUGCGAUCUCUUUAGUACCUAUAACGUGGUGAUAUUGCUGUGCCUCGUGUCGGCAAGCAUUUUCCACACCCCUCAGGCAACAUGGUGCAGUCACCCAUGAUAUCAUGUCCCCUCAAGGAUACGAACGAAAUCGACUGGAUUCAGCCAUUGAAAUCAUAUAUCCGCCACACAUACGGCGAUGACCCGGAGAGAUAUUCCGAAGAAUGCGCGACGUUAAAUAGGCUACGGCAAGACAUGCGGGGAGCGGGGAGAGACAGUGCUACUGGACGCGACCUGCUAUACCGGUAUUACGGGCAACUGGAAUUGCUGGAUUUGCGGUUCCCAGUUGAUGAGAAUCAUAUCAAAAUAUCUUUCACAUGGUACGAUGCUUUUACUCGCAAGGCUACCUCUCAGUACUCGUUAGCGUACGAGAAGGCAUCCAUAAUUUUCAAUAUCUCCGCUGUCCUGUCCUGUCACGCUGCGAACCAGAGUCGUUCAGACGAUACUGGCUUAAAAACGGCCUAUCAUUCGUUCCAGGCUUCAGCCGGCAUGUUCACGUACAUCAAUGACAAUUUCCUCCACGCCCCUUCCACCGAUUUGAGCCGUGACACGGUCAAGACUUUGAUAGCAAUUACCUUAGCCCAGGCGCAAGAAGUCUUUCUCGAGAAGCAAGUACGGGAUGAGAAGAAGCCAGGUUUCCUAGCUAAACUCGCCAGCCAGGCAGCUCACCUUUACUCUCAGGCCAGCGAAGGAGUCCAGGAGAAUGUUACUAAAGGAACCUUUGAAAAAGUGUGGGCCACCUUAGUUCUGAUAAAAGCGUCGCAUUUAUCAUCAGUCGCCGGAUAUUAUCAAGCCAUUGCUGAUGAUGGCACCGGAAUUCAUGGCGUCUCGAUUGGCCGGCUGAAACUAGCAGAAAAGCAGUCGAACACCGCCCUUGGCUUAGCCAAAUCGUUCCCUUCUUCUGUUCCGGCAGGGUCGAAUCUAAACUCAGACACAGGCCCGACCAUGGUAGAGAUCGUUCGGCGGCAUCUCGUAAACGUCCAGGAGAAGCUUGUCUCCUUUACGCGGGAUAACGAUUAUAUUUACCACCAGCCAGUCCCCAGUGAGGCGUCCUUGUCGAUGAUCGCCAAGCUCCCUGCCGCUAAAGCCAUUCCCGUUAGUGAGCUUUAUCAAGGUCAGGACAUCCAGCGGAUCAUAGGUCCAGAUAUUUUCCAGAAGAUAGUGCCAAUGUCUGUCACGGAGUCUGCAAGCUUAUAUGAUGAAGAAAAGGCGAAGCUUGUUCGUGCUGAAGUGGAAAAGGUUGAAGCUGCCAACGGAGAAAUGGCUGCUGGCCUUGACUUCCUGAAACUACCGGGAAGUCUAAAUAUCCUGAAGGGAAGCAUAGAUCAAGAACUGGCUUGCGAUGAAGAUUUUAGAUCGUGGUGCGCAGAAGUUGCAAGCCACCAACCUUUCCGUGGAACACUGGAUGAUCUACAAGAAGACAAGAUUACUCUGCUCAGCACGUUGGAACAGUGCUCCAAGCAGCUUGAUAUGGAAGAAAGUGUCUGCGAGAAGAUGCGGUCAAAAUACGGGGCGGAUUGGACCCAGCAACCAAGCUCACGACUUACUGCGACUUUGAGAAGCGAUAUUAGGACUUAUCGUGGGACUAUUGAUGAAGCAAGCGCAAGCGAUUCCCAACUCCUGGUCACUCUCAGACAAUACGAAGGAGAUUUCGAGGACAUGCAUGCAGCUGGUGAAUCAGGAGAAGCAGACGUUCUAUUCCAGCAGGCAAUGAUUAAGGCCGGGUCAAAACAGGGCAAGGGCGGGACCAGCAGUCCUUAUCCUGCUGCACCUGAAGGUAGUCUAUUGGAUGAGGACUUCGGAGAAGGAACUGUGUCAGUGUCAGAACAAAUCACAAGAGUGGAAGAGCUGCUGCGAAAGUUGAAUCUUGUUAAGAGGGACCGAAUGCAGACGUUAAAGGAUCUGAAAGACAAGGUUCAUAACGAUGACAUCUCCAACGUGCUCAUUUUAAAUAAGAAAUCUAUAGCCAACCAAGAAGAGCAACUCUUCCAGGCGGAGUUGGAGAAGUUUAGACCACAUCAAACUCGGUUACUUCAGGCAAAUCACAAGCAAACCGCUCUAAUGAAGGAGCUAGCCAAGGUAUACGGAGACCUGUUGCAGGAUAAACGGGUGCGAGCAGAGCAAUCUAAAUAUGAGACCCUAUCACGACAACGAAAUAGCGUGAUAUCAAAAUAUCGGAAAGUCCAUAAAGCAUUUAAGGAGCUUCUGUCGGGUCUGGACCAAGCGCAGACGUUUUAUAUGCAGAUGAAAGAUACGGUCGAUAGCCUGAAGAAGAACGUGGAUACUUUCCUUAACAACCGUCGGUCUGAAGGAGCACAGCUGUUAAACCAGAUCGAGCGCGAUAAGAGUUCCACAGGCCACGAAGACCGAGAGCGAGAAAAAUUGAAACAACUGAUGGAACGAUUAUCGAUGGAACCUGCUUCCACGUCACCAUCAUCCUCUAAGCCGAGACCCAGUGCAAUCAAGGUAUCAUCCUCAGCUACGAAAUCCUCUCCCAUUUCUCCCCAUCAUGGCGGGUCCGCUGCCGCUGGAGGACAGAUACCCAGUCCCCACAAUCAGAAACCUUCCUCCAUAUCAUAUCCUUCUUACUCAGCCAGCAACCCCCCUCCUCCCGAAGUCUAUAACCCAGCUCAACCUUACCAACAGCACACGUCAGAAGUUUACAACCCCAUGGCCUACUUCUACCAGACACCGACUUCACCACCACCAGGCCAACAAUACUUUAGCCCGGGCCCUUCUCCAUAUGGUGGAUAUCCAGGUCAAUCGCCUUACAUGCCCCAGGGGUAUGUUCCUCCCCCACCUCCCCCCCGACCUCAUCGUUCCUCGGGAUAUAAUGCUCAGACGGGCUCGUACAUGACGAAUCCCGGUGUUGUAGCUUAUCAACAAGGUCCAGGGCGGCCUCCAAGCCAACCUCAAGGUGGCCAACCCGGCUCAACCUCGGCGCAUAAUGAUCCAUGGGCCGGAUUAAAUGCGUGGAAGUGAGCUUCGUGGCCCAUGAUUAUCCCUUCGCUUAACAGAAGAUAGGAAUAGAUCCAAUUAAUUUACCCCUAAAAUAGCCUGCUAUUGGCUGGUUUGUGCAAAUCAAGUCAGUCGUGAGAGAGGGAUCUCGGUUCUUCAUUUAGGGGCAGGGUACCAUUUUUCCCACUCUCCGGGAACGACAUGAUGAGGACUAUGGAAUAACAUGAACUUAUAUAUACAUGAGUGCUGAAAAUAUCAACUAUGCACGAAAUUGGAUUUGAGAAUACCGGGUAGGAAAUAGAACUGGGUGGUAUACGCCAAUUGUUUGUCGCUUUGUCGUAUAAAAUUUCCAAAUGUACUCCGUAUUUGGC